GGGAAGAUGGCGCUGUCUGGCUUCCUGCCAGCGUUUGUUGCGCAGUUUCGCGGUGAUUCUCCUCCCCCACGGGCGCCAUUUUAAGGCCCUCGCUGCUGUCGUUGAGCCGGUUGGGGCGUUGCCGCCGCGCUUGUGUCGGCCGUCUGUGUAGGAAGCGUUGUCUUCCCGGGCAGACAGAAGCCCCCCACGACGUAUCCCGGACUCGGGUUUUCUCCUCCGCUUGAGAAAGCGGUAUACGAGGCUCCCUCUGUGCGCUGUGGGGGAGAGGCGAGGGAGUGUUGGCUGUUGUGUGCCCGUGGGGGCACAAAGGAGGGCUCCUGCGGGCAGCCCCCGUCUCCUCUGUCACCCAUGUCUCUCAUCUCAGAGGUCUCUGCUCCAAACAUCACCUCAUAGCUGCCUUUUGUACCUAUCGAACGCGUGUUUCUUGGCACGACGUGUGUUCAGGGCUUACAGGGAAAAAGGGUUUGAAAGAGCCAGAAAUUAUGAGAUACAUUUAAAGGGGAAACUCGCCUUUGUUAGGUACUUAAUUGCAGCAUGUGAGGCGAAGUAAUCAUUGGUAGAGCACCUUUAAUACUUGUUAAAAUGUUUGCAACAAUUCAAGUGCAAGUAACUGCUUGGUGCAUGGGUAAACAACUCACUUCCUUGAUAACAGUGUUUCGUUUUUGUUUGGCCUUAAGGCCUAAUUCAUCCGAAGUUGUUAUUCCUUUUUUUUAAAUGUCCUGACUGAUGUGGUUGGUGCUCGUGGUUUAACAGCAACAUCUGCAUCCAGGAAUAGCAGGGAUGCUACCAGACCAACUCAUGCUGAGCCCACUAAGUUGUCAUGGAUGAUGAUGAUGAUGAAUCCUGUCUCCUUGAUCUUAUUGGGGACCCGCAGGCACUGAAUUAUUUUCUGCAUGGACCUAGUAAUAAAUCUAGCAACGAAGACUUGACAAAUGCAGAAUAUUCUGUAGCCAACUCAAAUUCCAUUUUCGCCAACUCCAAUAACACUGAUCCUAAGUCGUCUGUAAAAGGUGUAAGCAAUCAGCUUGGAGAGGGGCCUAGUGAUGGACUGCAGCUGUCCAGUAGCCUUCAAUUUCUUGAAGAUGAACUUGUGUCUUCUCCUUUACCUGAUCUUAGUGAGGAUCAACCUUUUGAUAUUCUUCAGAAGUCCUUGCAGGAGGCCAAUAUUACUGAACAGACUUUGGCAGAAGAGGCAUAUUUGGAUGCCAGUGUAGGUUCUAGUCAACAGUUUGCACAAGCUCAGCUUCAUCCUUCUUCAUCAGCAUCCUUUACUCAGGCUUCUAAUGUUUCUAAUUACUCAGGUCAGACGUUGCAACCUGUAGGAGUUACUCAAGUGGUACAGCAACCUGUCGGAACAUCUUUUGCAAGCAAUACAGUCGGCGUGCAACAUGGCUUUAUGCAACAUGUCGGAAUUAGUGUUCCCAGCCAGCAUUUGUCUAAUAGCAACCAGAUUAGUGGUUCAGGGCAGAUACAGCUGAUUGGUUCAUUUAGUAAUCAGCCUUCCAUGAUGACCAUUAAUAACCUCGAUGGAUCUCAGAUAAUACUGAAGGGUAAUGGUCAGCAGACACCUGCAAACAUGAGCAGUAGCCUCUUGGUUCAUAGACAAACUCCAAAUGGUAACUCACUGUUUGGGAACUCAAAUACAAGUCCUGUAGCACAACCUGUAACAGUUCCGUUUAACAGCACAAAUUUUCAGACAUCUGUACCUGUCCAUAAUAUCAUAAUUCAAAGGGGUUUAGCGCCAAACUCUAACAAAGUACCCAUUAAUAUCCAACCAAAGCCUGUCCAGAUGGGUCAGCAGUCUGCUUACAAUGUGAACAACUUGGGAAUACAGCAACAUCACGUGCAGCAAGGGAUUCCGUUUGCUUCUGCAAGCUCACCUCAAAGUUCAGUAGUUGGUCCUCAUAUGUCUGUUAACAUCGUUAAUCAACAAAAUACAAGAAAAUCAGUUACACCUCAGACAGUUAGUAAUGCUGGAGGUAGUAUUGUUAUCCAUUCUCCUAUGGGACAGCCUCACGCACCUCAAAAUCAGUUUCUCAUACCUACAAGUUUGUCUGUUAAUUCAAACUCAGUUCAUCAUGUCCAGGCCAUAAAUGGACAGCUUCUUCAGACGCAGCCUUCCCAGUUGGUUCCUAGCCAAGUGUCUGCCGAGCAUGUAAUGCUCAACAGGAACUCUACAAACAUGCUGAGAGCCAACCAGUCGUAUUCUGGACAGAUGCUGAAUAAUCAGAACACAGCUGUUCAACUUGUUUCUGGCCAGACCUUCACAGCUCCUGGAAACCAAGUUAUAGUAAAUCAUGGAACUUCACAAAUUGUUGGUGGACAGGUGCCACUGCAGCAGGCAUCACCGACAGUGUUGCAUUUGUCACCCAGUCAAGCUAAUGCUUCUCAAGGUAGAUCGAGUUUUACGACAAUGUCACCUGGGCAGUCUACAGUCUCAAAUAUGUCAGCUUCUAAUCGAUUCGCUGUUGUAAGUUCUUCUGGUUCGGUACAUCCUAGCUUGGGACCUUCAGUUCAGUCUGUUGCAUCUGGAGGAAACUUUACUGGAGAUCAGCUCGCACAGAGCAGGACUCAAGUUCCUGUCAGUUCAUCACAUCGUCUUCCAGCAUCCUCUUCCAAAUCCAUCAGCACCUUUAGUCACACGUCAGUUGGAGUAACACAGCAACAGUUCGCCUUCAGUCAGAAGAAAGGUAUGAACCAGACAUCACCAGUUUCUGCGUCAAAGGCUCAAGAUAAUUUGAGACAACAUCAGCUGUCAAGUCUUCUGAGCAACACCCUAUCAGGGCAGGACUCUGGAGGAAAAAUCAUACAGCAAUCUCUUGGAACAUCACAAGAAAAAGGAGUAGGAUCAUCUUCAGUUCAGUGUAUACAGGUGGAUGGUCAUUUAGUUGGACAGAAACGACCUGCUGCUAAACAGUUAACUAAAGGAGCUUUUAUGCUACAGCAGUUACAGAAGGAUCAGAUGCAAGCUGUGACACCAGAUAAAAGUCAGUUCAGAUCAUUAAAUGAUGUGUUUCAGAGACUCCUUUCAUAUCAUGUGUGUCAGGGGUCGCUGCCGACUGAGGAAGACUUAAAAAAAGUGGACAGUGAGUUUGAAUCUGUAGCUACACAGCUAUUGAAGAGGACACAAGCUAUGCUGAACAAAUACAGAUGUUUACUUAUAGAAGAUGCAAUGCGGAUAAAUCCAUCUGCAGAAAUGGUUAUGAUUGAUAGGAUGUUUAACCAGGAAGAAAGAGCAUCUCUGACCCGGGAGAAGCGCCUUGCACUAGUGGAUCCUGAUGGUUAUCAGGCUGAUUUUUGUUGUUCUGCCAAACAAUUUGAUAAAACAGCUGAUGAAGCACAGACCAGCAAAAGUGACCAUCAGUCCAGCAAAGCAUUACCUUCUCGAAGUCAGACUACCAAAACCCAAACCAGAGACCGACCAAAAUUCAGCUCAGCAGAGUCCACAAAUCACAGUAAACUUCCUCUAGUGCCUAACAACGUUUUGACAUCACAAGAAGGAACUACUAAAAAAUCGGAAAGCCUCAUUAAAGCUUUAAAGUUUGAGAAAGCUAAUUGUUCUUCUGGGAGCCAAUACAAGGCCCUUCCUGAAGAAAAGAUGGCUGGUAAAGUUCUUACCAAGUCAGCUGAGAAUUCUUUGAGUUCUGAAGACUUGUCAAAAACUGUAUCAAGAGGCAGUCAUGGAACACACAAUAAAAUACCAAGGAAUACAGUCCAAUCUUUCUCAAAGGUAACAUGUAAUAAUUCCUUCAAAGACAAAACUCUGAGGAGCCCUCCAAAGAAUGAGGUUUUACAUCCUGAUAACAUGAAAGGCUCCAGUGAACCCCAGCAAGACUUACUGCUGAGUAAGAGUUUAGAAACGACAUUUAAGAAUAUCUUGGAACUUAAAAAAACUGGGAGACCGACACAAAAUGAGGCAUCGAGUAGUGGCUCUGUUGACUUAGAAUUUCCUAAUUUUUCACCUCUUGCUUCACAGGAAAACUGCUUGGAAAAAUUUAUUCCAGACCACAGUGAAGGUGUAGAAACUGACUCUAUUUUAGAAGCAGCUGUAAAUAGUAUCUUAGAGUGUUAAUAGUUACAAUACCCUGGAAAAGUUAUGUUUCUCUUAGCAGAAGCAAAUGUGAAUGACACCACAAGUACAGCCUGACAUACAUUUAAGGUUAACCUUUCUAAACUAGAUUCUGUUCUGUGUUUGAGAGCAAUACUCAUUGUGGUUACAGUGAGAUAGCCAAGUAAAGUUAAUCCUUGUUAGAAUGCAGUCUGUUAGGGCCUUACUAUUUCAAGUAUUAUUAUGAUAGUGCUUUUGAUAAUUGUGCAGUCCUGCAGCAUAACAAGGUUGCAGGCCGUUAGGCCCUAUGUAAUAUGGUAAUAUACUGACAAUCACAGUCAUUUGAAAGGAUAUAUUUAUUAAGAAAACGUUUUUUAAAAAGCGAUGGAAGCAACAAUUCUCCCCUACCCUUUUCCCCAAAUCCACAGAAGAUUUUUAAGUUGUUCUGGAAAACCCACUGUACCUCUAUUCAGAAGUGAUGAUUUGCUUUGUAAUGGAAUCUGUGUUCUAGGAGUCUUAAGUUGGAAGGAUGUCAUCACUGUGUUAACAAGAUUUCAUGAGUUGAACUUAAAGUGCUUUUCUAUUGCUUUUUGAGCAGAAACUAGUCCUUGAUAUAUUUGUAGUGGGUAAGUUUAGUCUGUGAGAUGAUAUUAUAUGGUCUUAGUCACAGUGGCAUGAUAUGAAGUAAUAAAUGCUUGACUAAGGAAGGUAGAUUGGAAGCCAGUAAAUGGCUUCUUGUGUACAGGUUGAGGCCAUGAUAGAGCCAUGAAUUUAUAUAUAUAUUACAUAUAUAUUAACUCUUCUUCAAGAGCUAUUGCGUUUUAUAAUUGGAUGUAGUCAGCCUUGAGUCUUUCUGAAGUGGUAUAAUUUUUUUAUUUUUUUCUUUGAUUUUAAUUUUUUUUUUUUUAAUUUUUAGACCAAGUGUCAAAAGCACUUUUAUUUGAAAGCUGUUAAGAUAUUUGUAGCUUAUAUUUUAAGAGGACAUUAGCCUUACUCAGAAAAAAAUUUAAGGCCAGUGUUUACUUUUGAUUUUUUUUUUUAAUUUUGCUAUCAGAGAAUGUUGAAGCAUCCACUGUAGCAGUCAUAAUUAUCAAGAUAUGUACAGACCAAAGUUGAUCAGCAGUCCCAUUGUUAAAACAUAUCUAAAAGUGUGUAAUUAUUAAUUCAUAUUGUAGAGCCAAGUGAAACUAUUGCAUGGUUUGCAUUUGGCUUGCUGUCAUGUUGGUAAGAUAGAAUCUUAUUAUUUUAUUUAUUUAUUUUAAUCUAUGAUGUCUCUCUUUUUUUUUUUUUUUUUUUUGCUGCCCAUGCUGCUUUUUCAUAGUUUACCUUGGUCAUGAGUGCUUUUGUGCACAUAAAUACGCUGGCAUUAGUCUCGUGCAGGUAGUACAUAUGUCUGCUCAGGAGGAUACAGCUUUUGUGAUUUCUAAGAUGUGCUUAUGUUCUCCCCAGACUUCCCCUCCAGUUUCUUAGAAAUUACCAAUCAUUUUCCAGACUUAAUAAUUACAGUCUUCAUAACCUCGAGGCUCAUUGUGACAAACUGUGGUUGUCAGUUAGAUUUCCAGGAAGGAAGACAAAAGGUAGAGUUUUGUUGUCAUGCAGUUCAGUCCACCUGAAUAGCGUAGAGGAAAGCAGAAUUAUGUCCUUGUGACAGUGAAAGAUUACAGUGCAACUCAGUAUUGAGCUACAAUCCACUGUCUGACCGCUAAAGGAAACCAAAUCUCGAAAGCAACAUGAGAAAGAUGAACUUGUUUAAAAUUCAUUUUCCCUUUGAAGUGGAUGGAAAUGCUGUUGGUUUUUUUUUUUUUUUUUUUUAAAUGUUACUAGUUGCCAUUUUAAAGAAUUGUGCCAAUUUUAAAGUACAUGUUUGUUAAACCCAACAUUCCCGUGUGUUGUAUAAAAUAUUCAAAGUAAUAACGAGCAUUGCCAGUUUUAAAUUUUUAGCUAAGUGUCCAUAGAAUAGACUCUCAGGCAGUGAUUUGUUCUAUUACGGGUGAAACUGAUGAUAUAGUCUUCACCUGUUGCCUUUUUAGAUUUAAUAAUACUCAUGGCUGUGUAUUCUGAUGCGUAUGUACUUGAUGAUUUUGGAAAUUUAACUGUUCUAAACGAUUUGAGAAGAAAGCCAGUAAGUUACGCAGCUGUGUGCUAACUAGUUAAUUCUUUUGUAGAGGGGAAAAAAAGUUGCACAUUUGUUGAUACGUUUGCUUUUUGUGCCACCUCAGAAUGGAUACAGCGUCUGUACAGCAAAUACGCAAUUGGUGUAUAUCAGGCUGUAUGUCUUCUAUUGGAUCUUAUUCUGGGGUGGGGGGCAAUGACAUUAAAAAUGACAAAUUGCAAAAGGUAAUGAUUGUUGAUCUGGUCAGACACAUUUCCCUGAACUACUUAUGAGAGGAGCCCAUUGAACGAAUUCAAGGUAGAUGUUAGAUUGAUCAUGUUCUGUUGUUCACUCCUUUGAAUUCAGUUCUAAAGGAAUUCUGGUACGUUAUGAAGCAGGAAAUGAAAGAAUUGUACUUUUUUUUUUUUUUAUUUAAGAAGUCUAGAUUAAUCAUAUGGACUCGAAUCCAGCAAAGUAUUGUGAAUGUGCAUGACUUUAAACAUGUUUUCACUAUUUUGCUGGAUCAACAUUGUGUUCUCAAUGUUAUUUAAUACUGCCUAAUAUUAAAACAAAUUUUAAACUGGCAAUUAAGAAAAAGAUGUUCAUUUUGAAGAUUUUAGUAUAAUUUAUCUGUUAGAUUAGGGAGGCCUUACAGACUGACUUCACUUAAAGAGGAUGUGUCACUUAUUGUCAGUGUGGUAUGGACUUUAUUUGCUUAAAUACCUUCAUUUGUAAAGUAUGUCUCACUUGAAAUUGCUUUGUAUACAUUUUGUAAAAAUAUUUAUAAAAUGUUUUGUAAAAAAAAAAAAAAGUAUAACAAAUUGCAGUUUAUUUUGUUAUGUUGGAUAAAUACUGUUAAAAGACACAAGUCAGUAAAUAUAUUGUUAAUCCAUGGAUAGGAAAUGUUUAGUUGGAGAUUACAAAUUGAAACAACCAUUGCAAUACAGCCAAAGAUUUGGGAAAAAUGCGUAUCUGUGAUUGUCUUGAUUUAACUAAGUUGAAUAUUUACAUUUCCAAAAGAGGGUUGCUCUCAGUUUUUAGUAAUGUGGUUGCAAAAUAUUCCUACUUCCGUGCUUUUAAAAAUUUCUGUAUUAUAUAAUACUAUAUAGGCCAACUCUUCAUACUCUAUGAAACUUUUGAGCAUACGCUACUGAGGCUUGGUUCUUCUGGCAUAGCAUACAGCAUUACAUACAGUAAUACUCAUACCAGAAUAACAGGAUUGACAGUGAUCCUGCUAUGUUGUCGUUAUAAAUCUUACCAUGAUGAGGUUGCUGAGAGACGCUCUCCUUCUCCUGUCUGUUGUCACAAAAUAGAGGUAUCAUCUUCCUGAUACCUCGGGGAGAUACUAGAAAAAGAGUUUGUGUUUGUCAACCAGCCAUCUCAUCCAUGUUGGCAGUAUUUCCCAUUUCUUUAUUUUGGCUGUGAGAAGAAGAUACUUUAAUUGCUGAUGAUGUAAUGCUUCUUCCUACUUCUAGAGGGGUAAUGACUUCUUACUGUGAUUGAAUUUUUCAGAAAAUGUGCUGAGAUUCUGAUCUAGUAAAGCUCUUAUGCUUGGAACUUCAACACUUUAUAUUUGGAGGCUAUGAAAAUGAAGGAUUGGUGAAGUACACCACCUCUCAUCGUGGAUUAGGGCCUGCCAGUUGCAAGGUAGAAGUCUUUAUGGUUAAUAUUCAGUUAUUUUGUCAACAAGACAAAAUAAACUUGCAUUUUGAAAGCUUCUCACAUGGAUUCAGUCAGUAACAAAAUGAAUAAAAUCAACUAUCUGUUAUUUUAA